GCCCAGGUCGCCAAGGCAACGGGCUCCGCUGCGGGUUGCGGGCUGCGAGCGCUAGGCUGCCCCGGGGAGGCGCUGCGGACCGGCGGCCCAGGCACGGAGAGGCGGCGAGACCGCAGGAGACACGGGGAAGAGACAGAGAGGAGGGUAAAGUGAGAAUCCUGCCUGCACCACAGGUCUGGACUGCUAACCUUGAAUCCUGGUUUCUUAAAUUCUGCCUCCGCUUCUGACUGAGGACCACUGGAUUUUGAGGAAACUUUGGUCUUGUGGUGGUGAGGAGGUGAUGUUCUGGAAGGAAGGUACCUAGACUUUGUGGUCCCUGCCAGGAAGUGGAGAGUGGAAAUGUGGAAUGCCUCACACUCCUCAACUAGAAUUCCCGUACUGAUUAGUCAACAGUGGAGAAUCUGAAGAGAUGCAAGCAGGAAAAAGAAAUUAAACCAGGCCUGAGGAGCGAUGCGACAGGCAUGAUGGAGGUCGAGUCCUCCUACUCGGACUUCAUCUCCUGUGACCGGACAGGCCGUCGGAAUGCGGUCCCUGACAUCCAGGGAGACUCAGAGGCUGUGAGCGUGAGGAAGCUGGCUGGAGACAUGGGCGAGCUGGCACUCGAGGGGGCAGAAGGACAGGUGGAGGGAAGCGCCCCAGACAAGGAAGCUGGCAACCAGCCCCAGAGCAGCGAUGGGACCACCUCGUCUUGAAUCUGACCUUGUCCAAGAAGGCUGGACGAGAGACCUUCUGUCCCCUCCCAGAGGGGGAACCCUGGCACUGGCCCAGCAGCCUCUUCUCUGAGCUCCAUGUCCCAGAUAAACCAGGCCAGACUGAGAAGGCUCCCCAGAGGCCUCUGUGGCCUCCACUCCGGGAAAGCCCUCGCCCACACCCACAGGCUCCACAUUCCCACCACCUUCGCACCGUGCCCAGGUACACUUUCAAGACACUGUAACCACAAGAUGUUAUUUAUUGAGCUGGCGCCGGGACUUGGGCGGGGCCGGCCCUACAGUGAGCAGCCCACACAGGAAUGCUCCUCUCGCGAGCGGCCCGGGCAGGGACCCUGUCCCAACACCAACACCUCCUCUCCAGUCCAAUCUUCUGGGUCCAGACCUGCUUGUCCCUUUUUUAGAAAACACUUUUAAACUUUUUAAAAAUUUUAAACCUUUUUUCAGCAGAUACGGAGAGAGCUGACAAUCAAUUCACAUUUUUUAAGCCAUUUUAGCUAAACUGUCAUUGUGCAUCUCUGAGGUUCCCUCAUGGAGCUCCACAGAUCCAUUUUUAGGGAAGGGAUUUUGGCUCAAAACGAUCUGACCACCUCUGCCCUGUCCACCAGGAUAAGUGACACCUAGGACCCAGGAAAUAAAUGCUGAUGAUUUGUGUGA